AUGAGCGACCCUACCGCUCUCGCUUCCCUGCUGGCGCUGGGCAUACCUCGGCAGAAGGCGAUCUAUGCGCUCAAGGAGCACGGUGGCGAGGUCGAAGCGGCGGCAGACUGGUGUCUUGGCGAAGGCGCAGACUGGACGCCCAACUCGCUCUUCGCCGCAUCAUUCGCUCCCUUACCGAACGCCCGCCGUUCUCCCUCUCCUCCCGGCCAGCGUCACCACCGAAGCCGUUCAGUCGACCACAAUCCACCAGGCUGGACGCUCGUUCCGCACCGCCUGUUGACGCCUGGGACGAGCGUCGCCAUCACGCUCAAGCAGGAUCAGGGAACGGAUCGGACGGUCGAGGGGGUUGUUGCGGAGCGACUGACGAGAGGGGACCAUCCUCGAGGCGUGAAGGUCAGGCUGCAGGACGGGCGAGUAGGCAGGGUUGUGCGGAUACUGUGA